AUGAUUAAGGAAUAUGACUAUUUGUUUAAGUUGGUGAUAGUGGGGAAUUCAGGAGUCGGCAAGUCUUCAUUGUUACUACGAUUUUCUGAUGACACAUUCAGCGAUUCCUAUCUAACAACAAUCGGCGUGGACUUCAGAUUCAAGACAUUGGAAAUUGAUGGGAAGAAGGUCAAGCUUCAAAUUUGGGACACAGCUGGAUAGGAGAGAUUCCGAACUAUAACCAGUGCUUAUUAUAAGGGUGCUGAUGGAAUUGUGAUGGUCUAUGAUGUUACAUCCACAGGGUCAUUUGAAGACAUUGAUAGGUUCUGGAUCAACGAGGUUGAGUCUUAUGCUGAGAAGAAUGUCGAGCUGCUAUUGCUAGGAAACAAGAGUGACGUCGAGGAUAAAGCUGUAUCAACACAAAAGGCUUUGGAUUAUGCAGCUAUAAAAAGAAUGGCACAUAUGGAAGUGAGUGCCAAGACAGCAGAUUAGGUAUCUAAGGCUUUCAUAUCACUGGCAAAAAAGUUGAUUGCAAAAAAGGACUCCCAAGGCUUAAAAGGAUAAGGACCAUAAAGGAGUCAGUAAACUCAAGGGUAGAAAAUUGGAUAACAAACAGAUGAUAACAAAAAGGAGAAGGAAAAGUGUUGUUGA